AUGAUUAUAUUUGACGAGUGUUUAUUUUUCAAAUGCAUGUUAUAAACGACUCAAAAUCACAGUGAUUUUAAAAGGCAAUGAAUUAUGGUGAAAUGCCACUACAUCCAAACGCCAGAGGGCGCCCUUUUGCAUAAACUUGGUAUGGGCCGCAAUAGAAGAACCAAUUACACACGCAUCUCCAGGAAAUGCAUAUGAGCAUAUUUAUAUCGUUGUUCUUCAAACCUUUUCAGAUGUGCUGAGAUAUGAAGCGUGUGAAAGUGCUUGUGAUAGGAGCAGGUGUGGUGGGUUUAUCGACCGCUGUGUGUAUCGCUGAGACUCUUUCAUAUUGCUCUGUGACACUUACUGCUGAGAAAUUCUCACCUGACACCACAAGUGAUGGAGCUGCUGGAAUUCUGUUUGCCUCCGAAUUUCCUGAUGUGCCGCUUGAGCGACAACAGCGCUGGUUUAAGGAGACGUUUGAUCAUCUGCUGGCCAUUGCAGAUUCCCCACAGGCAUCAGAUGCUGGUGUUUUCCUCUGUUCAGGGUAUCAGAUUUUCAAAGAUGUACCCUGUGACAAAAAGCCCUUCUGGUCAGAUUUGGUUCUUGGAUUCAGAAAUAUGACACAUCAUGAAAUGAAGCGUUUCCCUAAUCAUAAAUGUGGUCAAGCUUUCACUACACUGAAGUGUGAAUGUCUCAGUUACUUGCCCUGGCUGGAGAAAAGGUUUAGAGAAGCCGGUGGUCAAAUCCGGCGUGAAAAGGUCACCAACCUUCAGAAAGUGUAUCAGGAGUAUGACGUCAUUGUUAACUGCUCCGGUCUCGGAUCACGCUUCUUGGUGAAGGAUGAGGAAGUCUAUCCGAUACGUGGUCAAGUCUUGAAGGUUAACGCUCCUUGGCUGAAGAGCUUCAUACGAGAUGGAGAUGGCAAGACCUACAUCUACCCCGGUAUCAAAUACGUCACUAUCGGAGGCACGCGACAGGCAAAUGAUUGGCGUUUGGAGGUUGAUAAAGAGGACAGUAAUGGAAUCAUGGAACGCUGCAAACAAUUGGAAGCGUCCUUGCAAAAUGCUCAGGUGAUUGGUCCGUGGGUGGGACUACGGCCAGGCCGGGCAAACCCACGCGUGGAGCUGGAAUAUCUGUAUGUACAGGGCCGCCACAUACCGCUGGUGCACAACUAUGGUCACGGAGGUUGGGGCAUCACCCUGAGCUGGGGCACGGCACUGGAAGCACUGGAUCUGGUAAGACGGAGUCUGAUUGAAAAACCACCUCGAGCAAGACUUUGAUUCUGUGAUGGUGGUUUAACAUUGAUGUCAUUCUGAAUUUGUGUCAUUUUGUUUGUAAUUUUUUCAAUUUCAAAAUUAUGUAUUAUUCGUAGCCUAAAUAUAAUUUGAUCAAUGUAAAAAUACUUUAGGAUUGAAUAUGCAGAAUUAGUUAAAGUCAUUGGUUUCUGUGGAGGGUUUAUUUGAACUACACAACACAAGUUCAUUUCUGUUCAUUUCUAAAAUAUCUUUGGUCUUUCUGGUUAUUAAAAGAUGGGAUGGAGAAGGUGUUUGGGAAACAUGUUGUAAAAUUACUUUAUUAAACAGUUCAAUGCUGCUGGUGGGGAAGAAAUUACACACUUGUAUUCCUAAAAUUAUACUGCAUAUACACAAACAUACACAGAUAAAAAAAUAUUUGGACUACAAAGCAAAAUAUCACACUUUUGAAAAUUCUAAUAAUAUUUUUUUAUACAUAAUAUUUCUGUAAUAUCAUUCAAAUGUUUGGUCACUGAUUAAAAACUCUAAAAAUUGUUA